CAUUUCGGCAAGAUGGCGGCGGCCAAGAGGAAACGUGGGUCUGAAGCUGCGGGAGAGAGAAAGACGAAGAAAGAGAAAAGGACUGAAAAUGAAGGAGAAGAGGGGAACACCGACACCGAGAGAGGAGGAGGGAGCACGGAGAUCACUGUACCGCCUCCGGUCUCCGUGGGCAAGUGGAAAAACAAGGAACGUGUUCUCGUUUUCUCCUCACGAGGCAUCAACUUCAGAACAAGGCACCUCAUGCAGGAUCUAAAGACCAUGAUGCCUCACUCUAAAGCAGAUACCAAAAUGGACAGAAAAGACAAGUUGUUUGUUGUUAAUGAGGUUUGCGAAAUCAAAAACUGCAACAAAUGCAUUUUCUUUGAGGCUAAGAAGAACAUGGAUCUUUACAUGUGGGUUUCUAAUGUUCCUCAUGGACCUUCAGCCAAGUUCCUAGUUCAGAAUGUGCACACACUUGCUGAGCUGAAAAUGACAGGAAAUUGUUUGAAAGGAUCCAGACCGCUACUUUCAUUCGAUCCAAAAUUUGAUAAGGAACCUCACUAUGCCUUGCUGAAAGAGCUGUUCACUCAGACUUUCUCAACACCUCAAUACCAUCCAAAGAGCCAGCCUUUUGUGGACCACGUGUUAACUUUUACAAUUGCAGAUAAAAGGAUAUGGUUCAGAAACUACCAGAUUAUUGAAGAGGAUGCAUCUCUUGUAGAAAUUGGACCCCGCUUUGUCCUCAAUCUGAUCAAAAUUUUUCAAGGCAGCUUUGGUGGCCCAACACUCUAUGAAAACCCUCAUUUCCAGUCUCCCAAUAUGUGUCGGCGCCUGAUGCGGAUGGAAAAGGCCGCCAGACAAAAGGAGAGGCAGAUGGUGAAGGAGAUCCGUCUGGAGAAGAGAAAGGAGGUGAAGGAGGUGCUGACAGAGGAUGUCACGGAUGACGUGUUUGUGACUCCAGCCGAGGAGAAGCCCAAAGAGGUGGAGCACGAAGCUCCAAGACCAUCCAAGAGCAAGAAGAAGAAGAAGCUGAAACUGACCGAGCUGAAGAAGAGAACUCUGCUGAAGCGCAAAGGCCUGCGAUGAAGAACGACCUAAAUCCCACAAGCCUGCUCCCAGCAGGGUUUAGUUGCAGAGCAACAGCGUCUCUACACUGUCAUCCUUGGUGGGAUUGUGGGUGCCUUGUAUUCAAACCAUGAUUUGACCCACUGUUUUCAGUCUUGAAGUGUGGGGAGCAAAGGGACUGGAUUACUUUGGGACUGUGUAUUGGGUUGCAACAUUAUGGUUUUCUAGUUUUAUAAUCUAUAUCGUCGCUGUCCAAAAAAAGACUUGCAUCUCCAAAAUAGUAACUUUACAGAAGAGGGUCAAAACGUUCUUAACUUUGCGUGUAAGUUAAUGUUGCGUGUUUUUUCCUUAAAGUCAUUAUGGAGCGUUUCUGUGAUUUUUACACAACAUAAAAGCUAGCUGCUUUGCUCAAAUGGAGUUUUUUUUUUUUUUUGGACAUUACGAUUAUAUAAGAUGUUUUCUUGUCCCAAGAACCACCUCUUUUGUACCUUUAGGAGUAUGAUCUUACAGUUGUGUUUUACAGGUGUAGGUUGAGCUCCCAAUAAAUACAUUCAGGUUUUUAAAAAAAAGCUGUUAUUUGUGUUUAUUUCUGUUGUAUUUGUACAAGACCAUUAAAUCUUUACCCUGAUCAGCUGAAA